AUGAAGAUAACAUGUAUGAGCGAUUCAUUGUCCUUUCUAUUUCAUAAAUUGGGAAGAAUUAUUGCAAGACAUCCCUUUUACUUCUUCAUUCCACCUGUGCUUCUAUCAGUUUUACUUUCGGUAGGGUUACUUAAACUCGUAACCAUAGAAACUGUGGAUUAUCUAGUGCAGUCUGAUAGAGGAGAAACCUUUGAAAAUAAACAAUUUAUUAACAAGAUGUUUCCCAUGAACACAUCCGAAUUCUACGAUUUUAUGAGAAUGACAGAUCGUCCACAAGCUCCAAUGCUUUACAUUAAAAAUAAAUACGGAAACAAUUUAAUACAAAAAGACAAUUUACUCGAAAUACAAAUCCUUGAUGAAAUAAUUAAAAACAUAACGAUUAUUGUAGAUGACAAAGUAGUAAAUUAUAGAAAUAUAUGUGGCAUAAUGAACGAGCAGUGCAUGGAAAACCCAAUAAUAAAGAUAUUACCGGAGAUGGAUAAAUUACUUUCUAGAAAAAAAAAGUUAAAAUUUCCUCUUCAAAUUGAUCCCUUGACUUAUACAUACGAAUUGUGGGCAAUUAACUUCGGCGGAGUAAAAUAUGAUGUGGACGGAUAUGUUCAGGAAGUAGAAUAUAUGAGAAUUGUUUAUCCCGUUGACGAAUCGAAUUUCUCUAAAAGACACUGGAUUCGUGAAUGGCAAAAAGCGUUUUUGCGGAAUGUCAACAAAUUGGAUUUUCAUUCGAUCGAGAUAUAUCCGUGUCCUUUCUUGGUUUCUGAAUUAGAUGUGAAAAACCUUGCUGAUGAAAUUACACCGUUGAUGAGUGUCGCUGUUAUUGUUGUAACAAUUUUCUGUGCAAUGUCGUAUACGACAAACAGUUGGGUAAAGAGUAAACCUUGGAUGGGAAUUGCUGCAGUUGUGUCUGCUGGAUUAGCAGUGGUUUCUUCUUUCGGGUUGAUGGGUGCGUGUGGAAUUGAAAAUGUCAACUCUAAUAUUAUGUUGCCGUUCCUAAUUUUCGGUAAGUAA